AUGGAGCUCUGCCGGGAGUGUCAGGCAUGCCAGGUGUGCUCCUCCACUAUAGCGGCGCCCCUGCUGUGCAGCUGUGUGCCAGCAGUGGCCUUUGGGUCUGACCUGGGUGGCUGUGCCUCGGCCUGGUAUUCCGUUCGACUGCUGGGAGCAACGCUGCUCCCUCUGGCACCGCUGCAGGUGCAUGCAGGCCUCUCCUGUGCCCCUCUGGCACCGCCACCACUGGCACGCUUGGGCCACUCCUGGAUCACUUGUUCCCUGCUGCUGCGAGCUCACACGGACCUCUCCUGGCCUCCUCUGGUGCCACUGUCACCGGCGCAUGGGGGCCCCUGUCAGGCUGCUCGAUCGCUGCCAUGGCAGGCUUGCACAAACCACUCCCAGUCCCCUCUGAUGCCUCCAGUGCACAUGAGCCACCCCUGGUCCCCUCUGACACUACCGCCCCUGGCGCACCCUGCUACUCUCCAACUACUGGGCUGCUCAGCGGCCCCUGUUGAGGGGACCUGCCUGCAGGUUUUGCUUUUCCACUUCUCUAUUAUCCAGCACCCCGCGCACCUUGUGCCUGCGCUCCAGUCUGCUGCAAAUUCUGAAACUCCGAACUCAACCAUCUCUAAAGAGGCCAGCACCCAGUUCUCAUCAUCUACAAACAGCCAAGGCUAUGUUUUACCAGAAGGCAAAAUCAUUCCAAACACCGUUUUUGUUGGUGGAAUUGAUGUUAGGAUGGAUGAAACCAAAAUUAGAAGUUUCUUUGCUAGAUAUGGUUCAAUAAAAGAAGUGAAGAUAGUCACGGAUCGAACUGGUGUGUCCAAAGGCUAUGGAUUUGUUUCAUUUUAUAAUGACGUGGAUGUCCAGAAGAUAGUAGAAUCACAGAUAAAUUUCCAUGGUAAAAAGCUGAAACUGGGCCCUGCAAUCAAGAAACAAAAUUCCUGUGCUUAUCAUGUGCAUCCACGUCCUUUGGUUUUUAAUACACCACCACCACCACCACAGUUUCAGUGUGUCUGGAGCAGUCACAACCCUGAAGGUUACAUGCAGCCUCCAACCAUGAUGCAUCCUUUAACUCUGUAUGUGCAGGCAUAUCCUUAUGCAAGUUCACCAGUUCAGGUCAUCACUGGUUAUCAGCUGCCUGUAUAUAAUUAUCAGAUGCCACCACAGUGGUCUGCUGGGGAACACAAUUGUUAUGCUAUUCCUCCUCUGACUUCUCCAGCUGUUAACUACUACCACUGUAAUGAAGUUGAUCCAGGAGCUGAAAUUUUGACAAGUGAAUGCUCCAUUCGUGAAGCUACUGCAUCCUCUGGAAAUGGCCCACAAAAGAAAUCUGUGGACCAAAGCGUACAGACGGUGGUAUCUUGUAUAUUUAAUCCAUAGAACAGACUGAGAAACUCACUUGUUACUCAAGAUGACUACUUCAAGGAUAAAAGAGUGCAUUACUUUAGAAGAAGUUGGGCAGUGCUUAAAGCUGAUCGAUUCUGCUAA